AUGCCAUUCAACACGCAUGCCACUACCCUCACGAAUGUUGCCAACGGUAGCGUUGUUCGUUUUGGAGGCGAAGACUACGAAGUUGUCGACGUUCCUGGUGAUGGCAACUGCCUGUUUCACAGUCUCCUCGUCCCUGGUGUUCUCCCGACUCCAAGCCAUGUGGACUUGAGACGUCGAGUUGUGGAGAUGACGAUGUCACCUCUAUGGAUUCCGGUGGUGCGUGACGUUUUGACGAUGUUCUACGGGCCCAACUUUGACGUUGACAAAUACCGUGCCCGUCUUGGUCGCGUUGGCUCCUGGGUUGGCGACUGCGAAAUGUGCCUCGUGGCUAUCCUCUUUGGCAUCAACAUUACUUCCUUUGCCUGUCCAAACAGCGUGAACAAAGCUGUUUCCGAUUUCUCUACUGCAACGGCAUUGUCCUCCAUGAACCGUCCGUGGGCUUCGCACGCCUCGACGGAACUCUUCGUUCACUUUCAUCAGUACGGAAGACCCUGCAACAACCAGCUAUGGGUGUCAUUGAAUCAUUUUUGCGCGCUUGUACCCAAGUUCGUCCAGUCCGACAAGACCGCCAAGUCCGAGGACCGCCUUGAUGCAUUGAAUCCACCAACAGCCACGCCAAGUGCCACGACCACCAAGUCCAAGAACCGCCUUGAAGCAUGGAAUCCAGUCGACGACAUGCUCACGGGUAUCGCUGGCGCGAUGUCAUCCACGGCAAGCACCGCGCCUGCCAUAAGGAGUGCAGAAACUACCAAGGCGAGCACGAAGCCUGCACCAAAGCGUGCGUUUACGCAGCUGACGCUGUCAUCCCUUCCAAUGUGGAACAAGAAGCCAACUUCAGUCAAGCGCACGAAGACCACGCAGCAAAAGGGCGUGAAGAAGGUCCCCGCCGAUGUUCAAGUCAAAACAGACAUUAUGAUGCGCUACAUUGGAUCCCUCCAAGCACCAGAAUAUUUUGUGUCCAAGAUCCUGCGAGGGCGGGAAGAUGCCAAGCGAGCUGAAGCAUCGAGAAUCAAACAUUUGGAACACUUGGACGCGCUCGAAGUCGGGACAGUCGUUUCUGGUGUUCUGGAAGAGCUCGUCGCUACGAUUGAGGCAACGGAAGUUCGUUUGCCUGGAGUCAAGCUUCAGGCGAACUCGUCCGAAUUACAUGGUCGCGUCGUGCAAUUGUUAUUGGUUACUACUUGCAUCCUCAUCUCGGUGACGGCUGCAUGCCAUCCACAUUGA